GUUAAGUUGACCGACGGUUAAAAUCAGCAGGGUGGCAACAGAAAAUAGACGUGAAUGAAAAACCAAGCAUUCUUAUCAUUUCAGUUGCCACCCUGCCGUCGGUUAAUCUAGUCGAAGGUGGUGAAAUUGGCCCUAAAUGUAGUCAAUAUCGUCGCAGUUCGACUAUCGUUAUCACACUUUUAUCUUGGUCACCAUUGAACAAAACGUGCACAACUGCACAUUUCAGUUGGUAUAUAGUCCGGUAUAGUCCGAUGCGUGAAACUGAUUGAGGUUAAGAGUUAAGAGUUGAGAGUGCUUGUCUGAUACUCUCAUUGAAAUGGCGAAUUUAACCAAGAAGCGUCAUGCUGAUGAUAAUAUUAUGGAGGUACAGACAAUUAAUGGUAUACAAGGAAAAAUAAAGCAGCAUACAGCUAAAAAAAGAGUUAAAAAUGUACAAGGAGAAGAACAAAGAAAAAUAUCAGUACCAGCACAUAGAUAUUCACCUCUAAAGGAAAAUUGGUUGAAAAUAUCUGCACCCAUUGUUGAACAUUUAAAAUUACAAGUUCGUUUCAAUUUGAAAACCAGAAAUGUUGAAAUUAAAACAGCACCAGAAACUCCUGAUAUUGCGCAUCUCCAAAAAGCAGCUGAUUUUGUGAAAGCAUUUAUUUAUGGAUUUGAAGUGGAGGAUGCUUUGGCUUUAUUACGUCUGGAUGAUCUUUUCGUGGAAUCGUUUGAAAUACAAGAUGUUAGACAACAAAUAAAAGGUGAUCAUCAAUCUAGAGCGAUUGGUAGAUUGGCAGGUAAAGGAGGAAGGACAAAAUUUACUAUUGAAAAUGUAACAAAGACAAGAAUUGUGCUAGCAGAUGCUAAGAUACACAUACUUGGUUCUUUUCAAAACAUACAGUUAGCUCGUAGAGCAAUAUGCAAUUUAAUUUUAGGUAGUCCACCUUCUAAAGUAUAUGGACAACUGAGAAAUAUAGCUAGUAAGAUUUCAAAACAAUAUUGACAGUUAUCUAUAUUUGUUUUUAUCACAUAUGUACAUACAUAUUUUUUUUUCUUUAUUAAGAAUUUCUAACAAUAAAUAUAAUUUUUCUUAGCUACAA